CGUUGUUUUACGAACGCAAGUAACGAAACCGCGACGGCCACUCAUAUUAAUGCCACCACUGUAACUGUGUUCGAAAGGGACGAUGUUCCACUUUGAAGCCAUGAAACAAAAAGUUUCUUCGGGAAAAAAAAAUACAGGAGUGCAAACUCUGAUGCGUUAAUUACUCUCUUUCAGUUUGUUUAUUCCACAAUUAAGCAUAUACAUUUAACCUAACAAAUUCGUUUGCCCUUGAAAGGGAACAACAUUACUAUGGAUUUUGACUCAUAUUUUGGCAUUACCCUGUCACACCCACCCUCGUCAGAACCUCAACAACAGCUACCAUCGCAGUUGGCGCAAACCAACGAGCCUCCGUAUCACCAGGAUACCAUCAGUCCAGAAUCAGACAGGUCGGCCACUUUCCAACAGGCGCCCACGGAUGGUCAAUUGAAUUUUGCAGCCAACAUACCAAGUACGGGGGUUAACGAGUAUCCACUUGUGAACCAAACCCUUGAUCCGUUGGACUGGUAUCUGGAUGAUAAAACCGCGAAGCAGCAACCACCGUCCUUGACACCUAUUUCAUGUACGUCUUCGUCCAACAGUGGAUCUUUAUCCGCUGGUGAACAAUCGCCGUUCUCGCCCCCAGCAGUGAACACGGAUUCGUUUGCACCAUCCGAUUAUUCAGCGCCAAUCAUGAUGAAUGAUUUUGAUCAGAAAACGAACUCGACCUUUUUUCCAUCUUAUCAACAAUGUCAGCAUUCGUUGCAAACUCCCCAGCAACCACAGCAACCCCAGCAGCAGCAGCAGCAGCAGGAACCCUCACCGAUAUCCGAUUAUCGCCAACCUCAACAGCGCUCACCGGAUGAAUGCGUGGUUUCGCCUCCCAUGCCCAUUUCUUCAAUGGCCAAUAGCGCCCUAUCCAAACCACUGCCAAGUUCUUGUCCCAUAGAGAACACUCUGUCGUACGCGUUUGGUUCAAUGACGGAUUGGGCCGAAAAGCAAAGAGUAAACCAUUCGGGACCUCACCCUCCGUCCAAACUUGUCAUUGCAAACGGUCAGCAAUUGAAAAAAGUAGCUCACAAUGCUAUCGAACGCCGGUAUCGAAACAACAUCAACGAUCGUAUCCGAGAUCUCAAAAGCGUAGUGCCGGCGCUUUACCUUGCCAAAGUCAACAAGAACAACAAGUCGCUAAGUCCAGCUGACGAUGAAGACGACGACGGAGACGACGGAGACGACCAUGGAGGCGAAAUUGUGGAAGGCGUUGAAGUCGCUAAAAAACUCAACAAAGCUGUGAUUCUACAUAAAGCCACCGAGUAUAUCAAGUAUCUUAAGCAUAUGAAUUCCUUGGCCCAGCAGGAAAGCGAAAUUCUUCAGCAAAUUCUUGGACAAAUGCCUGGCGGAGCUCAAGUAUUGAAUCGAUUCCGUGUACAAAAGGAGAAAUUCAGAAAAUUCGAGGAAGAACAACUUGCACGUGAACGCAAAGAAACCAUGGAACGCGAACGCAUUGAGCGUCAGAGAAUUCUCAAAGAACGAGCCGUUCAAAGAGCCGCAUUGACUGAAUUAUUGCCCAAAACGGAACGUCGUCCUUACCGUCGUAGAUGCAAGAAAGUGGAUACUGCUGCCGCUUCAUGCGACUUGGAUUCUCCGCUUGCAAACGAUAAUUCAGCCGGAUCAUCGCCGUCCGUCACUUUUAUGGCCUUCUUUAUGUGCUUGUCUGUCUUUUCCGUACCCUUUUACCAAAACCCAUCUUCGGUAACAAAGCAUCAUCAGAUGUUUACCGACUCUAUUCAUGUAUCAAAUUGGUCCACUAUGCUGGAUAUUCGAUUCAUCGCAAAGUGUCUUGUAUGUUGCUGCAUGGCUUACUGCUUUAUUGCUUACAUGGUUCGCCAAUGGUUACACCCUAGACCGCCCGUUCUGCAUUCCAAACGAAAGGGUUCCUACGCGUCGGCACGGACAGACAGUUGAUUGUCCUUCGUAGUCUAGGAUACCCUCCAGCAUAAUUGUCGUCUCACUUGACAGAAAAUUUUCCUUAA